UCUACUACCCUCGGUCGCAAUUGCCGCGACGGCAAAAAAUGGCCUCGGAAGUGCUGCCACAGGACUUCAAAAUUAUAUCGUCUCUACGCUACGAUCCUGCUCUUUCAACGAUAGGCAAGCGGGCAGCGGCUAGAACAACACCCGAUCCACUGACCACACCGUAUUAUCUCCUCCCUUACCACCAAGAACGCCUUCGAAAUGCAGCGGCAUGUUUCAGCUGGGAAAAAGCUCUCGCCUUCCUGAAACAAGACACGAAUCAGUUCGUCGAGUUUCUUAACACCUUCAUCCCGGACAACACCAAGCCAUGGCGCCUCCGGAUUCUCCUCGAUAGCACGGGCACUUGCGAGGUUGAGGUCAACCCGACGACGUCAAUGAAUCCGCUGAAUUAUCUAACUCCAACCGAAACGAACCUUCAGUCCACUGCCUGGCGUGUAUACAUCGAUUCCGAAUGCAUAUCCCCAUCCGUUUUCACAACACACAAGACUACGGCUCGCGACUUCUACACAGCUGCACGACUCCGAUCGGGAAUAGUUUCUUUUGUAGAGCCUGCGGAAGUUCUUCUGGUAAAUUUGGCGGGUGAGAUCAUGGAAGGAAGCAUUACAACACCAUACUUCAGGCGACGAGAUACGACGGAUGGGGAGGGAAAGCCAGCUUGGAUUACACCGCCGCUUUCCAGCGGUGGCAAUGCGGGUACAACGAGGCAAUAUGCUUUAGCACAGGGAUUCUGCGCUGAGGAUACAAUUGCAGCUACUGACCUAGUGGAUGGCGAGGAGUGCUGGCUCAGCAAUGGUGUCCGAGGUUUCAUCCGCGGUCAGAUUGUUGUUAUGAGAUACAGCAUAUAUAGUACAGGCAGAGCACUGUUGAUUUCUGCUACUACCUUUAGGGGAAAACCAAGAAGGACUACUAAGUACUACACGAUGAUUGGCCAGUCGGGAGACAAUCAGAUGAUGCACCGGCCCAUCCCCGCAUUACCAAACAGGCUUAGCGGCGAGCGGCCAGAAGCUGACAGAAAUUCUUCCCAUUGGUGUGACUUCCUCAUUCCAAUCAUCCGAUCCACUCUGUAUGCAUCAUUCGCAAUUAUGAAAUUCUUCGAGAAUGUCUUCACCUACGACUAUUCCUUCCCGGCCGUGUCGCUGGCCUACUUCCUUCGCUAUCCCAACCCGUAUUCUCGCCAUGUGCUGACCACCGAUGUCAUUGACCGUUAUGUCGAUCCGACGACUCAGCGUCUCCACACCACUCGCCUCCUUCUCAAGAAAUCCAAGGUUCCCUCGGGAAUCCUCAAACUCCUCCCCAAGGGGAUUGGCGGCUCAGACAAUUCCGGCCAGAGCUAUAUCCUCGAAACGACUGUUGUGGACGCCAAAGAGGGCUGGAUGCAAACGGAAUCUCGUAACAUGGAAUGGACUGGGAUAUUGAGCGUGGUCGAGAAGCAAUUCUACCAGCGUCAGCCCGAGGGUCCGCUCGGCACUCUGGAAGGGCUUUCCCUCGACGACAAGAAAAGCGAGCAGACUACGGUGCGCACUACAGUCACUUUCCGCUCUAAAUUCGGACAAGGAAAACUGCUAGGCAGAAGGAAGACGGAGCCGAGUAGCGAUCACACUGGGGAGUACGAAGAAGAAGCUCCAAAAAGAGGCCUUUUCACCUCCUUGUCCACUGCGGGAAUCCAACGCACGAUUGAGCUCAUUGGAUUGAACCGCACUCGGGAUGCCGUGCUCAAGAGUAAGCAAGGUAUGAACGUGGUCCUUGAGCGCUUGCGCAAUGGCGGUAUCGUAGGUGUUCUCGAAGGGAUGCGUCAAGAUCGGGAAGCUGCGUUCGGGCCUGAGGGCGGUCCCUGGAAGCGAGUUUGGCUAUCCGGCCAUGGGCACGCGUCUAUUCAAGAUGACGACAAUUGAUUUCGAACUUCUCAUCGAACUGGAGAAAAGGCGACCAACACGGGAAAUAUAUGUGCGACAUUCAAGCGUGGAGCUCUGGCGUUUUUGGGGGAUUCUCAUUUCUUUCUUGCUUUUGACGGACAAUCUCCUACCCUUCUGAAACUUUUCUUUUUCCUUUCAUUCAGGGUUAUACUCUGAAAUUUCUGACUAUUUUGACACCUGCAUAUUAUCUCACCAUGUAUACAACGAGAAACGUCACGGAUCAAAACCUUGUGUAUAUUAGGAAAGGGCGGCCAGUCGGAUACUCUUGCUGAAAUCGGUUGCACCUCUGUACAAUAUCGAUG